GAGGACAAAGAGCAGUCAGUCUCAGGUGGAGCUGCUGCUCAGACUCUCCCUACACUCACAGAGAGACUGACACGGGAACCAUGAGGAUAACGUGAAGUGUUUGUGGUGCCAAAGCUCAUUCUUGCUGUGGGGAUUUUGACUGGAUGUCUCCAUGUGAAGGACUGGGAGUCAUGACAGACUUGUGGUUAAUUUCUGUCCCUUUGGACAAGGCCAGUUUAAUCAGUGUAGAAAAACUCAAGCGCACUAUAGCCAAAAAGAACCUCGCCUCCUGUUGCAGGUUCUCCAUUCCAGAGCUCAAGGUGGGAAUACUGGACAGUCUGCUCAGCGUGUCAGAUGAUCUUUCCAAGCUUGACACACUGACUGAGAGUGUGAUUAAAAAAACAUAUCAGUGUAUGAGGGAGGUGAUGGAGCAGUCUGAUGACAAAGUGCUGGAAAACGCCUUAGCCAAUGGAGUGGAUCUGAUGAGCUACGUGACAAAGUUUCAGUGGGACAAAGCCAAGUAUCCCACAACUCUGCCUCUGUCCAGCCUGGCAGACAUCAUCAACAAGGAAGUUUCACUGAUGGAGGCGGAAUUAAGAUCCCGAGUUCUUGCGUACAACAGUGUGAAAACCAGCUUGCAAAGCUUUGACCACAAAACGCAUGGGAGUUUACAAACCUGCAGCCUGAAUGACAUAGUGAGACGAGAAGACCUGGUGGUGUCAGAGUACCUCACAACUCUUCUAGUACUGGUCAGCAGAGGGAGCUACCUGCAGUGGGAGAGGACUUAUGAGUCUUUGUCACAGUUUGUGGUUCCUCGCUCCAGCAGGAAGCUGUUGGAGGACGGAGAGGGAGGACUAUUCGCUGUUACACUCUUCAAAAGAGCCGUGUGUGAAUUCAAAGCCAACGCCCAGGACAGCAAGUUCAGCGUGCGUGAGUACAGCUUUGAUGUGGAGGAGAAGAGGCAGCAGGAGAAGAAGCAGCUCAGUGUUCACAAGAAGGAACAGUAUGGGAUCUUUGUGCGUUGGCUGAAGGUGAACUUCAGUGAGGUCUUUGUUGCCUGGAUUCACUUGAAAGCAUUGAGGGUGUUUGUGGAGUCGGUCCUCAGGUACGGGCUGCCGGUGAACUAUCAGGCUCUCCUGCUGCAGAGCGACAAGAAGCGUUCAAAAAAACUCAGGGAGGAACUCUCCUCACUGUUCAUGCAUCUGGACCCCACUGCCACAGCUGGCAAGACAGAGGUGAGCCUUGACAUCCCAGGGAUCUGUCAGCAGGAGUACUCCUCCGUCAUCUGCUUCCACGUCAACACUAACCUGCUGGAGCUCAGCUAGCAGUCAGCAAAAAAGAAGGACCCACAAAAAAAGACACAACAACGAGGAUCCGGUCCCUCACGCUGUGGACACUUCCUACUAAGCAGUCAGAGCCAGGAACAAAAAAGGGCACUGGCCUCUAAAUAAAGCUCAGCUAAUGAAAGAUAAAUCCCUGAACACUUUGGUUUUCAACAUUUCUCGUGAGCUGGAAAAUAACUGCGGGGCUCCCCUUUGACAGCUCUGUAAAUAAUCUGUAAACAGUGGAUGAACGUUGGUCCUCUUCACCAAAAUAAAAGCAGCAAAUGGACUGCACUGCACUGUGGAACGAUUCCCUCCAGAAACCUGAAGACCGUCCAAGAGUACAGAAGCAAAUCCGAAGACAGUUUAGGAAAAUAUAUCAUGACUCUGUUUAUACCAUUUAACUUAUUUAAAAUCAUAAUGUUUUUAAUGUAAAGCUAUUAUUUGUGAAAGGAGAACUAGAAUACUAUGCUUAGUUAAAAUGACUUUGUAGCUGUGUUUCCACCUAAGUAACUUGACACUUUUUUGUUUGGGAUUCAUUGUCAGUAUUUUUUUUCAGCAUUCAAUGUAUUUACAGUAGUACAAGGAAAGUAGUUUCCUUUCCGGUUGGUGGUGGUAUAUUUAUUUCCUGUACAGGCAGCUCACACCAGUAACUAUUAACACUCCAUCCAGCACUGAAUGUCAAGGAUUAUAACUUUCUAUAGAAGAAAGAGUACAAUAAAUCAGCAGAUAGAGUGAGGAAUGACAUGCUGGAAAGGAGCCACAGGUCAGACUUGAACCGGGGCUGACUCUUGGAGGACCACAGCUGUUGUACAUUGGGCGUGGUCUAUCCGCUAUACCCUAUCAGACACCCUGAAGAUAUUAGGUUUAACAUAAACGUCCCCUAUUUCAUGUUUUUUUUUCUGCUCGACUGAACAUUUUCCCCUUGACUUGUGGAGCUUCUUCUUCAAUACGGCAUGAUCUUCAUCUUUCAAAUCACGUUCCCAUUUUAGGUAAAGCAGUGUAUGACUGGAUUUAAUAACAAGUCACGAUAAAUGUCCACUCUCUUGUCCAAAUGUGGUGACAUCAAGCUCCCAAAAUAACCAGUCUGCAAAUGUGAAAAUAACUUUAAUUUAUCUGCAUAUACUUCCUUGAAUAGACUCCAGAUGGAGCUGUGUGAGUUCUGACACAUGUCUGUUAAUAACCUCUGUUCAAACAGCUUUGGUUGGAGAUGAAGGACUCUAAAAUUGAAAAAUAAAAUAAAAUCUGUACAGGUUUUGAUGUGUAUCCUCCAGCCCACUCCUCAGCUCUGCUCAAAGCUACGUUACACAAACUGGAUGUUCUGCUAAAGAUCUUUCUUGUGGUGAGUUAAAUAAUAUAAGAAAAGAGUCAAGACCUGCUCCUUUUCUUUUCUGAGAUAACAUUUGUUAUGAUUUGGGGUAAAUAAAAAUGUAUUGUGUUAUUA